CAAUCGCGAACUGGAAGCUCAGAAAGAAGAUACACAACUGUGGAAGGAUCGUUUAUAGUAAAAAUCACUGCUUUUAUCAUUCAACGGGUAAGGACAAUAAAAUUACAACAUGAAACUACUCAUGGUAGUGCUGGUUUUGGUCCUCAUUGGUUAUUGCACGUGUGGCCGCUGGAGAUUUAGAGGCAACAGAAAACACAAGAGCCACAAAAGCAAAAGCCACAAAAGCAUUAAGAGCCACGGGAGUAGUAGUAAAGAGGGCCUGGUGGAGUGUGAACCACUGGAUGCUCCGGUAAACGGCUCCUUACAAUUGAUAAAUGGUGAGACUCAUGUCGGCACUGUCGCUAUCUAUUCCUGCGACGAAGGGUCUGUUUUAAGUGGCAAUAUUACAAGAUUAUGUCAAAAAGUGUACGGACCUGCAUCCAGUUCGAGUGACAGUAGUCACAGCCACAGUCACCGCCGCGUUAUCGGAGCAGAAUGGAGCGGUGAUGAACCAACCUGUGAACCCCUAUUGGAGUGUGAACCAUUAGAUGCUCCGGUAAAUGGUUCAUUGCAAUUGAUAAAUGAUGAAAGUUGU